AUUGAUCCAUGGUUUGUGAUAAAAGGACGUAUAUUGUUUAUAUAAUAAAUGCAUAUUAAAAACAUUAAAACAUGAGCUAAACACUGAACAGUAAUUAUUUAUGUUUACUCUAAUUACACUUACGCGGUGCUCCAUUCAGGCUUUCAGCUGUUGUCAAGCGUAAGUUGAAUAUUCGGACGUCGAUUACUGGAUUGCAAGUUGUAAUAACGUAGUUUAAUUUCUCACCCACUCAAAGCAAAACGAUAUUGCCGAUAUCACUGCAACCGGGAUCCACUUUCCGUCAUAGAUCAUUGUUUUUUUUUCUACUGGUUGAAACAGUGAACUUUGAUGUAAGCCGCAAGAUCAAAAUUAAACCGCCGAAUGUCCAGAUCGAUGUAUGUAUUACAUCAUCUGCCCAGCUGAGAAGACUAUGCCAGAACUUGAUCAACAAAAACAACAGUGUUUAGUGGCGAUGGAAACCCUCGAUCGGUCGUCGCCAGAACUUUGGCCUGAACCAAUGCCUGGCAUGUCUGGUUUUGCACAACAUAUACGCGCAUCUAGUGCGACUGAUAAACAACCUUCAUGGAAGCAACCACCAGAUGCCCAUGAUAUGCUACUCGUACAACGUUAUAGUCAAAUGCCACUGCCUCCACUUUUAGAUGAAUUAAAGUCUUUAUACGAUUUCGCCUAUAACUUAGGCUUAGAGGAAUCUAAAGAAAUGACGCGUGGAAAAUAUUUAAAUAUAUUCACACGCAACACUAAUAAAGCCAGUGAAUAAUAUUGUAAUAAUUUGUACAAUCUUAAAUAAAGUAUAUUUUUAAUUUAUGUAA